AUGGAUAAUCCAUCAGAAACUAUGAAUCAUACUCUUGCAGCAAGCGAUGCAAUCGCAAAAUAUAUUGAGGACAUUCUUGAACAUUGGAGUAUAAAAAGCAAAGUUUUCUUAAUUACGUCAGAUAGCAGUGCAAGUGUCAGUUCAAAAACAAAAUUGAGCCAAGAAAAAGCAACUGAAGUAAAUUUAAAACUCAAACCUUAUAUCAAGAUACUUGCAAGUUCACUAACUGUUUGGCUAGAAAGAGAUGCAAUCGAGAAUGGAAAAUGUCUAAAAUCAAUUAUGAUUACAGAGAAUAAAUGGACUGCAAUUUCUGAUAUUAUUGAAGUUUUAAAACCAUUUAGUGAUAUAACAAAUUAUAUUUCAGGAAGUUUAUAUUUAAUAAUGAGUAUUAUUUAUCUAACAAUGAGUUCUCUUCAUAAUUCUUUAUUAAAAGAAUUUUUAAAUGUCAGUAUUGAUACUUUAGAUAAAAUAGAUCUUGAUAUCACAGACAAUUAA